AUGUCUCAAACAAAAGUGCACACCGAAGCUCGAACAGUGGGCGUGGAACUCGAUGAAUUAAACCAACCUUCCAUGCUAGAUACACAACUCCGCGAGUCCCUAGAAGCAUAUUUAGUGCGUCAUUCGCCGGACGAAGAGCCGUCUACCGAGCACGUUUAUGAUGACCGACCCAGAGAUCUUUCUCGGAGCAAUGCGGUGAUCUUAAUUACUACCCUCUCCGGCAUUACUUUUGUCGGGAGCAUGAGUGGUGGACUAUUGACCGUUGGACUGCCCACCAUCGCUGCCGACUUAGACUUACCGGAUAACCUAUUGCUUUGGCCAGCCUCAGUCUACUCUCUUGCAAAUGGAUGCUGCCUCCUGCUCGCAGGCUCCAUAGCGGACUUAAUAGGCAACCGAAUGAUAAACAUAAUCGGCUGUUUCCUUCUAGGGUCAUUUAUUCUUGCAUGUGGUGUAGCCCAGACUGGCAUCCAAAUGAUUCUCUUCCGCACACUCCAAGGCAUCGCAACAUCUAUGUGCCUUCCGACGGCUUUUAGCAUCUUGACAGAUUCCAUGCCGACUGGAAAACGUCGAAAUAUCGGAUUUGCUUGUCUUGGACUCGGACAGCCCCUGGGAUUUUCAGGUGGACUUGUGCUUGGUGGCCUUUUCCAGGCUACGUCUCUAGGCUGGAGAUUUGGUUACUAUCUCUGUGCAGGGGCUGCCUUGAUCCUUGCGAUUUUGAACUUUUUCAAGUUGCCAAAGGAUGCAGAGCGAGGACCUAUCUCUUGGCACAGAUUUCGUUCUGAGAUCGACUGGAUUGGAAUUUUCUUGUCGAGCGCUUGCUUAGGCAUAAUUUCCUAUGUGUUUGCCACCAUCACGGAUAGCCCGUCCAACAUUAGCACACCUGAAAAUAUCGUCUUGCUCUGUGCUGCUGGUAUUAUGAUCCCUGUAUUUUGGGCCUGGAUGAAUUGGCGAGAGAAAAACGGCAAGCCCGCCCUGAUCCCAAACUCUCUGUGGAAAAACACAGCCUUUGCUUCCGUCUGUAUUAUGGUUCUGCUGUCCUGGGCAGUCUUGAACGGAAUGGAAACUAUUCUCAGUCUUUUCUUCCAAGAGGUGCAGAACCUAUCUGCCUUCCAGGCUGCACUUCGGUUCUUACCAAACAUAGUCAUUGGCAUCAUCCUCAACGUGGGUACCGGACUUCUCGUUCAUCGCUUGCAUGCAAAUCAUCUGGUGCUUGUCAGCACAGUACUGAGUGCUGGAUCCCCACUCCUGAUGGCUAUAAUUAAUCCGAGUUGGUCGUGGUGGUAUUGCGCGUUCUGGGCUAUGCUGCUUGGUCCUCUUUCGGCAGAUGUUAUUUUCACGGUUGCGAACCUCAUUAUUACCGACGCGUUCACUCCUAAGACGCAGGGUCUUGCUGGCGCCGUAUUUAACACGAUCGCGCAGUUUGGAACAUCUAUUGGAUUAACCAUCUUUGCCAUCAUCUCCGCGGGUGUCACUCAGAGUUCCGCGUAUUCAAACAAAGGUUCUGCGGAAGCACUGAUGACCGGCUAUAGAGCUGUGUUCUGGACCUGUUUCGGGUUGAUGGUGGCGGCAUGUGGUGUUGGAGCCUGGGGAUUGCGCAAGGUUGGAAAGGUUGGGUUGAAGAGGGAGUAA